AUGUGGAUGCAUGUGACACUCUUCCUGCUGUGCGCCAACGCUGGAGGAUGCACAGACAUGUUCAACACAUCAGGGGUGCUGCUUGAAUUCACGGCUGUGGACUUUUAUGAAAAAAUGCAUUCUGGGAAAACGGUCUUUAUCUACUUUGAGAAUCAAGUGUCUCCAACCAUCUCUCUCUUCUUGGGGGAACUGAAAGAGUCUGCAGAUGUUUUGAAAGACUAUGGAAUACUAGUGGGCAAGAUAAACUGCAAAAGGGAGACGGUGCCCUCAUACUGUAUGAAAGAAACGGUGCACAAUAGUGCUUUUCUUUUCAGGGGUGGUAAGGAGUUCUUGAGCUUUGAUUUGGACACUGUGUUUGAUGUCAACUCCAUUGUCUCUGAAGUCCUGUUUGCCAUUUUACGAGAUGAGGUCAAGUACGUGCAUUCAGACGCUGACCUCUUAGUCUUGGAGAAGUCAGUCAGAGGGAAGAAGGAUAUUGUGCUGGGUUAUGUCAGCAGUUUAGGCACGCAAGAGCACAGAUCAGUAAUGGAGACAGCUUAUGUGUAUGGAUCCAAAUACCAGUUUAUCCUCAUUACUGGAGGCCCUGUAUUGAAACGCUUAGGUGUUCAUAGAGCAUCCCUGUUGUCUCGAGUGUGGUUCCUCCACUGCAGGACUUCCCACACUGAUCGCUGUCCUUUGACACCUAUGAGGACACCACUCUCCACACUCGGCAUGCACACCUUCUUGCAACUCAUGGAGGCUCCACUUUUGUCAGAAGUAUACGAUGACCCCUCCGCUGUUCCGAAGCCUCAAUUUCCCUACCAACAAACUCCACAGGUCUUUCUGUUCUCACAUUCAGAAACAGAGCAUCUGGAUCGAGACACGGCCAACGCUCUGGCCUGGAAGAUCCGUGGCGUCGCCCUGCUGAUGCUUGUACAUAGGAAGAGUCCUACAGUGAAAACUCCUGUUGAAUAUAAUGCUGCUUACAGGCUGCCGGACAAGGGAUCUGAUGUCAAGUAUUUGACAUUGGAAAACUUGGAUGAGCUCUUGGAGCUUUUUCUCCAACAAGAGGGAGAUGAAAUGGAAGAUGAGGAGUUGGAAGCAGAGGAGUGUAAUAUCAAUGAGGCAGUAUCUAAUGGGGAAUUGGAUGACGAAAUUGCGGCAUCUCUUUAUGUGAACCGUGGCCACGAGAUGCAGAUGGACUCCAUCACCCAACUGACGUCUGAUGAUUUCCCUGACGCAGUAGCUCAAAGUGGCCUCACAGUGGUGCUUUUCUACCUCAAAUGGGACGCCGUUUCAAUGGCCCUCCUUAGCUCCUUUACAGAAGUGGGAGAGUGGUUUGCAGAUGCUGACAUCGCUGAUGUUCACAUGAGCGCAGUGGAUUGUGGGGAAUGGACGGACCUGUGUGCUGCUCAACCAGUCGGAUUUCUACCAAUCUCCUUCAAGCCAAUCACUGCCUUCCCAAGUAUCCUGCUGUUUCGCCCUCAGGAGCCCAUUCAAGAGUAUAGGGGAAUGUUGGGAUGUGAGCCGCUGCAUCGCUUCAUUUUGUUGAGCCGUCCGGCCACUCCCCAGCUACUGUCUAAUCAGCAGGAUGUGACAUCAUUUCUUCAUGGGGUGCCUCAUCCUGAGCUAACGGACUACAACCCUGACAGAAUGGUCGGCCUGUUUAGGACUCAAAUACAUUCAGGUGUGCCAGUGUUUAAUGAAGCUGCAAAGUCGCUGCGAGGCAGGGUGCUUAGCGCCCUGCUGACAGAUGUGUUGGCACAGGAAUGGGCUGCUGACCUCUCUGUCAACCUCCCUGCAGUUUUAGUGUUUCCAUCUUGGAGGGUGCACACUCAGCCCUCCGUGUUGUCCCUGUUCUCCUCUGUGGAUCACUUGCUAUCUGAGAUUGAUGCCGCACUGCUGCAUGUUUUGCCUGAGUUGACAGUGGAAAACCUGCCAUCCUACCUCAGCCUUGGAAAAGCCCUUCUCCUGCUGUUUGUUGGAGAAGAAGAAGAUGAAAUCGGGCUGAGGCAGAACAAGAUGCUGCUGGAGGAGAUGAGAGGAGUUGUGCAAUUAGGAGGAAAGCGGAUUGAGCGAUAUUUGACCUGUUGGAUCCACCUUGGUCGUACUCCAGCUGGAAUGUCAGUCUUGGGCUCAUACCUGGGUACAAUGCCCCCCCUCCCAGCACUGGUUCUCACUCAUUUGCCAUCUAGACAUGAAGUUUACGAGUACCCACACAACACACCCAUCGUGGCUCAGUCUGUCUUGCAAUGGCUGCAGAGGGUGGAGGAAGCCAGAGAAUCUCCUGCAGGGAUGUUAGGAAAAGAUGACUGGCCUCCGUCAGUGGAGUUCUAUGACUUUCUGAAAAUCAUGGACGAGGAGGAGCCUGGUUUUGCUAAGCAACGCGUACCUGAAAGGGAGAGCGAAGAUGUAAAGGUGGACCAGGCAAAGUUGAACAGGGAAGAAGCAACAACCGAUUCGUCUUACCACCCACUUCAUCACUCAGAGUUAUGA